AUUAGUUGGCCUUCACGUGCUGACAUUGAAGCUUUCCACAUAUGACUGUACCUCCCAAUCCGUAUUUAGGCAGAGCAAUCAUGAAUUAAUCGAUUUCGCGACUUUGCGACCAAUAAUUCUGUUGAUCGAUAACAAACAAGCAAACAAAUGAUCACUGUAUACGUUUUUAUGGGCAAUGGUUAAAAUUUUUCGGCUAUAAAAAGAAUCGGUUAAACUUCUUCUAUAUCAGUUCGACUUCUCAUCCUUCGGAACAAACGGUCGGGAUGGCCUUGCAACUAGUCACAGUUUUAGCGCUCAUUUGCUUAGUUUCAGCUGAUGUUAGUGAGCUUUUGCGUGAGAGUUCAAAGCUUCAAGAUGUGAAACCCGUUGUAGCACGGUCCUAUGCGUUCAAUGCACCACAAGUACAACCGCUUUACUACACAUCACCGAAUAUCCGCUACAACAAUCAUGCUUCGAGAUUUCACCUGUACGAUAGUAUCAUCGUGGAUCAACCCGUUGCAGUACCCUACACUGUUUUUACCUCACCGGAACCAACCUUGCUGCACACGAAACCAGUCGCGGUUGAAACUGUGAUUGAUGCAAACACCGGAAUUGCGUAUCAGCUGUCUACCGUUCGAUCAGAUCUCAAAGUACCAUACUACUAUAGUAAACCGAAGAAGAUAGUUGAAUAUGUCACACCUGUGAAGCCCCCAACCGACGACUACUUGCCCCCACUCCAGUCGAACGGUAAAUCGAACACGGUUUAG